AUACAAUCCUGUAGCGGUACUUACGAUCUCUUCCUUCACUCAAGGUCAUUGUCCUACAGGAUUUUCACCAUUCUUUCGGGAUUGUGUAAAGCAACUCAGUGAAUGUGACGCAAUUUUCUAUAUAUGCAACAGUAACUACCCAAUCGGUUGGUUGUAAAUGAUUCGUGCUAUUCUGGUCAUUAAUAAUCAUGGAAAGCCAAGAUUAAUCAAAUUUUAUGAGCAUUAUAGUGAAGAUGAACAACAGAAAAUUGUUAAAGAAGUUUUCAAUCUUGUCUCUAGACGUGAUGAUGAUGUUUGCAAUUUUUUAGAAGGUGGCACAUUAGUCGGUGGUCAAGACUAUCGUUUAAUAUAUCGUCAUUAUGCUACAUUAUAUUUUGUAUUCUGUGUUGAUUCCUCUGAAAGUGAACUUGGCAUAUUGGAUUUAAUUCAAGUAUUUGUUGAAGCUUUAGAUAAAUGUUUUGAAAAUGUUUGUGAAUUAGAUUUAAUAUUUCAUGUUGAUAAGGUACACUAUAUACUGAAUGAACUUGUACUUGGUGGAAUGGUUUUAGAAACGCAUAUCAAUGAAAUUACACACAGAUAUGAAGAACAACAAAAAUUAGAAAAACAAGAGUCUGGCUUAUCUGGUGCACCAGCUCGUGCUGUUUCAGCAAUGCGUGAUUUAAAUCUUCAUCAAAAGUUUAAAGAGAUUCGUUUCCCUGAUUUACAAUCCCUACAAAGUAGACUGUCACGAUAAUUUUAUUCUCUGUGUGUGUGUGUGCUUGCGUGUUCAUUUCUAUCUCUUCUAUUUGUCUUUCUAAAUAAAAUUACACUUUACAGUUUUUUAUUUGAAGUACAGAUUGUUAUGUGAUAUUAUGUAAUAUUCUCAUG